UUUAUUUAUUUUUUAAGUAUGCCAGUGACAGAAUUAAAUACAUGUCUCUCAUCUCUCUUUUAUUUGUAGCUCACAGUUUUUUAAGCAUCCAGCACUAUCAACACAGGUGUUCAAGAACAGAAUCCUGAAAGUUGAGUCUCUGAGAAAUAUUGCAAGAAUGGAUUUAGAUCUCAGGACUUCAUUUCUCUAUGAACCAUGUGGGAAUGACUAUAGGUCAGAAAAUGUGGACUUUACCCCCAGCCAAAGACCUGCUCUCCAAAAGGCAGACAGGGGCCCUGGGUUCCAGAACACUCAGCUCAGCUCAUUUCAGAAUAGCAAUAACAUGUGUGCAAGGCAGGAACUGCAAAGAAUUUAUAAGUCAUUUCACUCGUGGCUGCAGCCAGAAAAACACAGCAAGGAUGAAAUUAUUUUUCAAGUGGUCCUGGAACAAUUUAUGAUCAAUAGGCACUGCAGUGACAGAUCCAUGUUGAAGGAGAAAUGGGAAGCAAGUGGCAAAAACCUGGAGACAUUCAUGGAAUGUCUGAGUGAUGAUUGCAUGAAGUCUCCUGGCUUGGUACACGUCCACAUGCAGGGACAGGAAGCCCUCUUUUCUGAGAAUAUGCCCUUAAGAGAAGUCAUUGUUCAUUUAACAAAACAGUUGGCAGCAAGAACCCCAACAGUGGCAAACAUGGGGACACCCUUCUGGACUUCCCACAAUGCUUCUCUGCAAACAGGACAAGGAGAUGAGGAUAAAGAAAAUGGUGGCAACAUUUUGAAAACUACUGAACUAAACGACAAUAUUACUGGUCAAGGCUAUCAAACACCACCCCUGCUCAUUAUCCAGGAAGAGAACUAUUUUGGGCCUGGAGGGGAAGAUGUUUCUUUAGAGAAUUCACUCAGCUACAGAAGAGUAAGUCUAAGUCCCUCUAGGUCCCAGGAAGGGUCCCCAAAAGGACCUUGUAAUCAAGAUGUCCUCAUGGAGGUGAGGCCAGCAUUCCUCUCCAGGCUGCACCAGGUCACCCCUGAGCCUGAUCCUACCCAUCAGAACAAUGCUGGAAGCUCUACACGUGGGAGACGCCAAAGAAGAUUCCACAGAGCCCGAAGAUCAUACCAGUGUGACAAGUGUCUCCAGAUCUUUAGGUAUUUAUCUCAGUUAAUAGUGCAUCAGAAAAGACACAAUAAUGAGAGGACAUUUAUUUGUGCCGUGUGUGACAAAGGCUUUGUCCAAGCCUCAGACCUAAAAGUGCAUCAGAAGAUUCAUGCGGAAGAGAAGCCUUUUAGGUGCAGCACCUGUGGUAGGCCCUUCAGCCACAGAACCAACCUUCUGGCUCAUGAGAGAAUCCACACUGGAGAGAAGCCCUAUGCAUGUUCUGUGUGCCAGAGAUGCUUCCGCCAGUCAUCCACCUACCACCGCCACCUGAGGAUGCACCAGAGAACUGCCUUCAGACGUGUUUCCUCCACAUUUGAAGCUUCCUCUGGGUAAUGCAUAUGAAUAUGCCUGCGACUAUGUAUAUUUCCAUAGUACUUCUCUAUUUAGAACAUACUUUGUAACUUCUCGAUCACAUAUUCCAUUCAUUUACUCCCCCUCUAAAAAUGUAAGUUUAAGGAGGGCAGGGAAUUUCUGUUUUGUUCAGCAAAGUGUCUCAGGUGCCUACAAAGUGGUUGACACAUUUUAAAUGACCAAUAAAUACCUGUUGAGUGAAUGAAAGUAUAAUGUUUGUGUUGUUUACUUUUUAAAAUCUAGGAAGGUGUCCCAUGUGAAAAGACAGUGAGCUGCAAUGCCAGGACAUGAACUCUACCUGCAUCCUAGUCCUCUGUCCACACCCUUUAUUUUCAUGGAUCCACAGGCACCUAAAAUCAUGGGGAGGGGAGGUGGGAACUUGGGGAUAGGCCUUGGCCCAUGAAAAGGAAUCAA